GCUAACGUCGCGACUAUUAGCUUUUCAGAUAGCAUCAUCGGCUUCACACGACACGACGACAGUCUCUGCGACACAGCUGGACUUUGACAACACGCCUCGACACUCAAAAAGAACACAGAAGACCAACCGACAUCAUGGAUAUGGGACUCUCAGCAGCCGAGCAGCGCGAGCUCGAAGGCCGCCUGCAAAAGCGCCAGAUGAAGGACUUCAUGGGCCUUUUCAGCAACCUCGUCGACCACUGCUUCGUGUCCUGUGUCGAUGACUUCACAUCUAAAUCCCUCUCUACGCGCGAGACGGGCUGCAUCCAACGCUGUGUCCAGAAGCAGAUGGCCCAGUCGCAGCGCCUGAGUGAACGCUUCGCCGAGCACAAUACCGCUAUGAGCCAGCAGGCUCAACAGCCGCGGUAAAAAGCUCUCAUGGCGGACGAUGAACUGCCCGUAAAAUCGGUGUACUGUAUUUGUGCGGAAGGAUGGAAGGAAAUAUUCUCGGUCGGGUUGGGAGAGUAUUGAUACGGAGACUGAGAUGGAGACAUAUCAGUUUCGAGUGUAUACUGGUUGCCUGGGAAAUCUCCGUAGACAUGAUCUAAGGUCGUUGUGGAUGUUUCGGCAUGAACGCCGUGCCUGACGCCACUGGCUAUUCAGACCACACGAUAUCGAGGUCAAAUACUUGACCUGUACUGUAGAACCACUUGAGGUGGGACGAUGCUCCUUGAUCGAAUCCUCCGUACAUCUGGGCACGAAAAUAUCACAAUUUCAACUCCUUUUCACCCUGUUCCGUGAUCUUGA